CCACAUGACAAAAAGGGCUGAUAUUGCAGUCUUCACGUAGAGAUUAUGGGAAAUGGGCAGAACAUGAACCCACUCGUAUUUGUAUUUCAGACUAGCAGAGGGGUCCCAAAUAUAGGAUCCCCAGUCUUUUUUGGGAAAGAAUCCUGGUUCAAACCCAGAACAGAACAGAUCCAAGACCAUCCUAGUUGGCAGAUUCUCCGUCCAGAGUAGAGUAACGAACCCCACAUCUGGUGCCCACCGCACUCUUUCCAGUUGACUGCACACCGCGAUUCUCUCCUCUGCAGGUGCAGGUAGCACCAUUCACCAUUUUUGUGUGCUGGACUCUAGCACUGGAGUCCAUAUAUCACCACUGCCCACUGGGGGGAGGUCUCCCCUGACCCCAUCUCCUCCUCCUAGUCGGCUAGUCCCACAACGCAACGGCGCCAUGACCUGGAGCAAGUCCCCGGCGGGCAGCUGCACCACUGCCGUCGACGGCUCCGGCGACACCGGCCAGGCCCGCCUCCGCGAGCUCGGCUACAAGCAGGAGCUCAAGCGGGACCUCUCAUUGCUGUCCAACUUCGCCUUCUCCUUCACCAUCAUCUCGGUGCUGACGGGGGUCACCACGCUGUACAACACCGGCCUCAACUUCGGCGGCCCGGCCACCAUGACCUUCGGCUGGUUCGUCGCCGGCGCCUUCACCAUGAUGGUCGGCCUCUCCAUGGCCGAGAUCUGCUCCUCUUUCCCCACCUCCGGCGGCCUUUACUACUGGAGCGCGCGCCUAUCGGGCAACCGAUGGUCGCCCUUCGCCUCAUGGAUCACCGGAUGGUUUAACAUCGUUGGCCAGUGGGCGGUCACAACCAGCGUGGACUUCUCGCUGGCGCAGCUGAUCCAGGUGAUCAUCCUUCUCAGCACCGGCGGCAACAAGGGCGGAGGGUACCUGGCGUCCAAGUACGUGGUCAUCGCCUUUCACGCCGCCAUCCUGCUCAGCCACGCCGUCAUCAACAGCCUACCCAUCUCAUGGCUCUCCUUCUUCGGCCAGUUUGCGGCUGCUUGGAACAUGCUAGGUGUCUUUGUGCUGAUGAUUGCCGUGCCGGCUGUUGCUACCGAGAGAGCCAGUGCCAAGUUUGUCUUCACCCAUUUCAACACUGACAACAGCGCUGGAAUACACAGCAACCUUUACAUCUUUGUCCUGGGGAUCCUCAUGAGCCAGUACACGCUCACAGGAUACGACGCAUCAGCGCAUAUGACGGAGGAGACCAGGAACGCAGACAGGAACGGCCCCAUCGGGAUCAUCAGCGCCAUUGGCAUAUCCAUAGUGGUCGGCUGGGGAUACAUACUCGGCAUCACAUUUGCCGUCAAGGACAUACCCUACCUGCUCAGCCCUGACAACGAAGCUGGAGGCUACGCCAUCGCCCAAGUCUUCUACCUCGCCUUCAAAAGCCGCUACGGCAGCGGCGUCGGCGGCAUCGUCUGCCUGGGGAUCGUCGCCGUCGCCAUAUACUUCUGCGGCAUGAGCUCGGUCACCAGUAACUCGAGGAUGGCAUAUGCUUUCUCGAGAGACGGAGCGAUGCCGCUGUCAUCCGUGUGGCACAAAGUAAACAAGCACGAGGUGCCCAUCAACGCCGUCUGGCUCUCGGCUUUCGUCUCCCUCUGCAUGGCGUUGCCGUCGCUGGGUAGCCUGGUGGCAUUCCAGGCCAUGGUGUCGAUCGCGACGAUCGGGCUCUAUAUCGCGUACGCGCUGCCCAUCUUCUUCCGGGUGACGCUGGCGCGCAAGCACUUCGUGCCGGGGCCGUUCAACCUCGGACGGUACGGUGUACUGGUGGGAUGGGUGGCCGUGCUCUGGGUGGUGACCAUCACCGUGCUCUUCUCGCUGCCGGUGACGUACCCAGUGACCAAGGACACGCUCAACUACACUCCCGUCGCCGUCGGUGGGCUCUUCAUUCUCGUGUUGACGUCGUGGGUCGUCAGUGCCAGGCACUGGUUCAAGGGACCAGUCACGAAUUUGAGCGGCUAGCUUCGCGCGUGUGUGCGUGUGGAAUCGUUAACUUGUGACGUGAUUUCACCAUGGAACGCCACGUGAUGUGAAUUUGGGUGGGGGAAUUAGUUGUACGCUGCAGCUGUAGGCUGGUUGUAUGAUUGUAUCUGAGUUUCUUAAUAGAGGCUGAUGCCUGGUAGAUAUAUAGAGGAGAAAAGAAGACAUGUGUUGGAGGCGAUGAGACGUUGUAAUUACUAUUUUCUUCAACAAGAUAGGAAAAUGGACUAA